AAAGGGAAGGGAAGUGGCAUUCUGCGCAGCUUCUUUUUAUUCUAUUUCCGUCAACAAUGCCUCGACGGAAACAAAAAUUCUGAAACGUAGUCUGCUACUCCGUCGUCUACUAAAAUCAUUCUUUGCAACAAAAGGAAUCCAAUUUGUAAGUUUUUUUCUCUCUUGUUCCUAGUGGCAGUGAAAUGGCCCAAGCAUAAUGAGUGGAAAGGAAGAUUCUGAACUUCUUCGUAUUGAAACACUUCGAGAAAGAAUUUUCUUCGCUGCGAGAGAUGGCCUAGCAAUUACUCUGUAUGCGCUCCUCUCUGAGCUCAACCAGUCCCAGCAGUCUGAAUUACUGAGCCAGAUAACAGAAGAGCAAGGUCAGAGAUGUACACCACUACUGAUAGCAGCACGCAAUGGCAAGGAAAGUGUGGUCAAAAUGCUUUUGAGUCAGUUCAAACCAAACAUUGAACAAGAGGGAGAUGUAAAGUUUGAUGGGUAUUUGAUUGAAGGUGCUAGUCCUCUUUGGUGUGCAGCAGGGGCUGGUCAUCUGAAGGUUGUUAAGGCCUUGGUUAAAGCAGGGGCCGAUGUCAACCACCCAACGAAGACAUUUUCAACCCCUCUUCGGGCGGCAUCGUUCGAUGGACGUUUAGACAUUGUUAAAUAUUUGAUAGAACACAAAGCCGAUAUUCACCUGGCCAAUAAGUACAAUAAUACCUGCCUGAUGAUUGCUGCAUUCAAAGGGCACUUGGAAGUUGUAAAAUGUUUGCUGGAACAAGGAGCAGAUCCAAAUCAGAAGGCGCAUUGCGGUGCGACAGCUUUGCAUUUUUCUGCCGAAUGCGGACAUGUUGCGAUUGUGCGUGAAUUAAUCGAGUAUGGCAGUAAAAUAACGCUUAACGAACAAGGGAUGUCCCCGUUACUGUGUGCCGCCGAAAGAACGAAAUCGGGAGUAGUUGACUAUCUCAUGACGCGACCUGAAUUUAGUCGGCGGGAAAGAAUAGAAGCAUUAGAGCUUCUUGGAGCUUCCUUUGCUAACGAUAAAGAUAGCUACAACAUCGAUCUGGCUUAUGAUUAUUUGCAUCGCGCCAUGGAGAUGCGGUUUGAAGAUCCUCAACAGAUCGUGCCUAAGCAACCCGUUGAUCCAAUUGAAGCCUACGAAAACUGGAGAGAAGUGCAAACUUUAGCUGAGCUGGAAUCCAUUCGCCACAAUCCCAACGCCAUUCAUAUGGAGAGUCUAGUCAUUCGCGAGCGCAUACUGAGUAUAAACAAUCCGGAACUUCCUCAUCCAAUCGUGUUUCGGGGUGCUGUGUUUGCUGAUGAUGCCCGCUUUGAUCGCUGUAUCUCCCUUUGGCUUCAUGCACUGCGCCUUCGCCAGCGGAUGCAACUCACUGUUUCUAAAGAUCUUCUUCGAUUCGCCCAAGUCUUUUCCCAGGUAUUACACGUUGGGUUGGAAUUACCUUUUAAUGUGCUGGAAGAGGUCUUAGCGUCAACAGCACUUGAACUUGAGCGAAAUCAAACAAAAAUUUCCAAUCCUGGCCCUAAAGACGACGUUGAAGUAAUUGCGGAGGAAAUGGAUUGCAAUGUCACGACAGCACUUUAUUUGGUAACCAUCACUACCAAACUACUGUCUAAGGCUAGUUCACAGCAAGAACACACUAUUUACCGACACGUUUUCAAAUUAAACCGACUCAACGUCCGUUCCAAAGAAGGGUCAUCUUUAUUACAUUUAGCCGCCAGUGCUGAUACCCCUGUUGACGAGUUUCAUACUGUCGAUAUCUGCAGGUUUCCGUGCGCUUCUACAUGCAAAUUGCUGAUUCAGUGUGGAUUCGACGUGAACGCAAUGGAUCAUCGACGAAAUACGCCUUUGCAUCUGAUAGUUGGAUAUCCGAAACCGAUCAGUGAUUUUGUAACCCUACACUCUAUCAUAAUGACAUUAAUUGAAGCUGGCGCGCAUAUGGAUGCCGUUAAUUCUUACGGUGAAACUCCGUUUGAUGCAGCAACAACAGGCGUAGCUGAAAUUAUAUUACGGACUCAAAGUAAAUUGAGCCUCAAAUGCAUUGCCGCAAAAGCCAUUAAACGGUACGCUCUGAACUACGAGGGUCUGGUACCCACUCCACUUGUGAGUUUCAUUGAACUUCACGGAUCUGGAACAGCGCUUCGUUAGUCGCAUUGCCUGCGCUUGCGGAAUUUUUGAAAGCCCGCUUGCCAGAUUUCGUUGUUUUCCCUAGAAAUAAUUUGACGUUAAGGGGCAGACAACCAGCGAUGAGAGUGCUCUCUUUUCUCUGUUGCAAUGGAAUCUCGUGAUUCGAAUUGAUCCCAUAUUUGCGUCUACCACUAGGGACUAAGACUGACAGUACGUCACCGUGAUUUUCUCUUCCGCUCACUGAUAUUUUAUGAAAUGCAUAUUUUCGUUCUAAUUCAUAACAUAGUGGGAAUGUAUUAACACACACAUUUUCUGUACAGACUGAGAAACAGCUCUUGCUGAUGGUGUUUGAAACUUGUAAAUGAAGACG